AUGAAGUGGCUGCUCCGGCGAUGCCCCGCCGCUGCCCUGCGGCUCCUGAGCCAGCCGCUGCCCCGCACCACCCGCCUCCCGCAGCGAGGCUACUGCGCCGCCUCUGCCGGAGCCCGCGGGCUGCUCUUCCGACAGCUCUUUGAAUCAGAAAGUUAUACUUACACUUACCUGCUGGCUGAUAUGAAGACAAAAGAAGCCGUUCUAAUAGAUCCCGUUUUAGAAACAGCUAAACGUGAUUCAACGUUGGUGAAGCAACUGAGACUUAAUUUGCUAUAUGCAGUCAACACCCAUUGCCACGCUGAUCAUAUCUCCGGCACGGGACUUCUGAAGCAGCUUCUCCCAGGCUGUCGUAGUGUCAUCUCCAAGGACAGUGGAGCCAUCGCUGAUCUCCUGAUCCAGGAAGGCUAUCACCUCAAAUUUGGAGAUUUUGCAUUGGAGGUGCGUGCCACCCCUGGCCACACGGACGGCUGCCUGACCUACGUGCUGAACGACAAGACAAUGGCUUUUACAGGAGAUGCCUUGCUGAUCCGGGGAUGCGGGAGGACAGACUUUCAGCAAGGUUCUGCCGAAACUCUCUACAACUCAGUCCACAAGAAAAUCUUCACGCUUCCAGGUGACUGCCUGAUCUAUCCUGCCCACGACUAUACAGGCCAAACAGUGUCAACGGUGGAGGAAGAACGGACUCUGAAUCCUCGUCUGAUCUUGUCCAAGGAGGGUUUUGUUGAGCUUAUGAACAAUCUGAACCUACCCAAACCCAAACAGAUUGAUGUUGCAGUUCCUGCGAACCUCAAAUGCGGAAUCCAGGAUGUACCUAUUUAAGGCACGUCUCUUUUCUCAAGAUCAACCACAUUCAGGGCCUCUAGGAAGUUCCCACUGUCGCUUCUGCACUCUUACGCGAGACACAAUGAAGCCGGUAACAGCCAAAUGCAACUGAUUGCUUCCAAUGCUUGAACUGAUUCCAAAACGAAGACGGACCUGCCUUAGAGCUCUGGUUUCUUGCUUUAAUUUAGUUUUAUCUUCAUUAGCAAAUAGAGCGACUGGCACUCCUGGCCUCACCUUAGAUCCGGCCUGCGUGGCUUUCAAGGCUGUGCUGCAUUAAGACUUGAGGCUCUCUUUCCUUCGUCACCUGGCGGGACUCUUGGGCUGUGAAUGACACAGAAGCGAGCUGGGUUUCUGUGUCAAACAAAA